CUAGCACUAUUAUCUUCAUCUUUAUCUUUGCCGAGGGAAACUUUGGCCGAGGCAGGCCGCAGCAAGGGUCGCAUCAAGCGGCGUUAUCUGCCGGGCGAAUCUUUCGCUAUCUCUUGCCGGCUUGCCCACGGAGGAAAUUUCGUAACCUAAGAAAACGGUGGCCCUUUACAGAGAAAUUGUCGUUCUGAUUUGAGUAAUUUAACCCGGUCUAAAGAAACCCAUAAGUUGUAAAAUGGAUGACGAAACGGAGCAAGAAGGUUUAAUUGAAGAGGACUUCUACACGUUUUUAAAUGUUUCUAGAGACGCGACUCCUGAGGAAAUUAAUAAUGCUUAUCGCAAACUUAGCAGAAUUUAUCAUCCUGAUAAACAUACAAAUCCUGAUUUGAAGAAAGAUGCAGAAGUUUUAUUUAAUCGCACUAAGAAAGCAUAUGAAGUUUUAAGUGAUCCGCAUCAAAGGGCAAUCUAUGAUACUGUGGGAAUGAAAGGGUUGGAAACGGAAGGAUGGGAAAUUGUACAGCGUACAAAGACACCGCAGGAGAUUCGAGAGGAGUACGAACAGCUAGCAAUGGAAAGACAAGAAAGAAGGUUACAACAACGUACUAAUCCCAAAGGAACUAUCACAGUUAACGUCAAUGCAACAGACUUGUUUGCACGAUAUGAUGAGGACUAUGAAGCACCAGAUGGAUUGUUUUCUUCCAUCGAAGUCAGUGGUUUAUCGAUUUCACAAUCUAUCGAGGCACCUUUAACCUUGAAAGACACGAUAACAAUGUCUGGCCAAUUGGGUAUACAGAAUGGUAAUGGUUCAGGAACUGUUAAUCUUUCUGCCAGACGAUUAAUAUCGUCAAAGGGCUCCAUUGAAUUUGAUGUCGGCGUUGGUAAUGGACCAACAUUCUCUGUAAAAGGGUUCCGAACCAUUACAAAAAAUUUAUUCUGUAACGGUGCAGUAGUUCUACAUUUUAAGAACGAGGAUUGGCCUAAUAUUGUAGGAACCCUGGCACAGAGAUUGGACAAACAUACAAUAGGAUACCUUACAUACAGAGGAGGAGGACAAAAUGCGAUGAGUACAAUGGUUGUGAGAAACACUAAUCAGUCGUGCACUACCUUUUCCCUUGAACUAGGUCUUGUACAUUCAUAUGUCAGUCUUAGUUACACCUACAAAAUGGAAGAGAAGGAACUCAAAUUACGAGGAUGUGUAAAGGCAGGUUCUUUUGGAGCUUUUAUUGAAUAUGGUGCUCAAAAGAAAGUUUCUCAACACAGUUCAAUAUCCGCAGCUGUGCGUGUUGGGGUUCCAACUGGAGUUACUUUAAGGAUUAAAUUAAUUCGAGCAUCCCAAAUCUACAGUUUCCCAAUUCAUCUGUGCGAAGAAGUUCUUAUCGCUCCCGUUUUUUAUGCAACCGUUGUUCCUUUAUUCACGUGGACGAUUAUAAAAAAAUUCGUCAUUGACCCAGCUGUAAAGGAACAGGAGGAAAAGAAAAAGAAGAAACAGAGGGAAGUGAAUAAAACGAGAAUGAUGGAGAAACAAAGGGAUGCUAAGGCAGCCGUCAGUCUCAUGAGAGCAACCUUUAGUAGAAAUAGAUCCGAGGAAGAAUCUAAAGGAGGAUUGGUCAUCACUAAAGCGUUAUAUGGAAGAGUCGUUUAUCCUCAAGAUCGAUCUGCAGGUGACGAUGCUUCUACUGGACACAGAGACGAAGUGAUAGAUGUGACAGUACCAUUACAGUGCCUCGUAAAAGAUUCAAAAUUAAUUCUUCAUAAUGCCUCAAAAAGCCAAUUACCAGGAUUCUAUGAUCCAUGCGUCGGAGAGGAUAAGCAGUUGUUUGUACAGUACCUCUUUCAUGGUCAGACGCACGAAUGUAUCAUAAAGGAUGACGAACGUCUUAGGAUACCAAUGGAGUCUCAUCGAGUGAAUACUACAUGACGCAGACGGCCAUUACGCAGAACCAAACAGUGAUUGUGGUCUACAUUAACUAUUUACGAUUAUUUCCUACACUAGUUCAGUAUCAAAGCUUGAGUUAUGUACAUAUUGUAUUGAAAAACGUUGAAUGUUCAUCAGUUGAUUCAAACUUGUACGGGAACACUUCCCGUUCAGGUGAUAGAUCGUUGUACGUAUGUUAUACAUACAUACAUUCUCAGCAAGAGCCUUGUUACUUAUUUUGAAAUAAUUCAACACUUAACAGGCUCUACUAUGAGUGAAGCUAUUAAAGCGAAGUGUGUUCAUCAUGUUUGUUUCAAUAUUUAUGGACAGCAAUGAGCUAAAAAGUAAUUAGCAAUUUAAAAAAACGUACGUGGUACUCUACACUAAUCCUUUUAUUCCCAAAUUCUUUCAAGUUCUUCAGUAAAUAUGGCAAUGACCCGAUCAGACGAAGUUACUUCAAUUCGUUAUUAACAAAUCUAGUCGCAGAAUAAUGCUUAUUAGAUACACUCAAAGGCAAAUUGCAGAUACUGAAUUUAUUUAGAUUGUAAGACUAGAUUAAAAAUAUAUUUAACUGUUAAAAAAUAGUUUUUGGCAUAUAUCCAGAUUGUUAUAUUUUUUGCAAUGAUGAACUCAUAG